CUGAUAUGUCAAGGCCUCGUAAAUUAUCUCAUUUACAAUCGUGACCAUGGUACAUACUAUUUAGUUGAUCUACAGACAGAGAAUAAUGUGUACCGUUCAAUUGUGGUUUCUUGUUUCUGGGCUGAUUGCUAUUUCAUCAGCUAAACAUCAUCACGAAACGACUAUCAAGCACACCACUGUCAAUCACCAUCAUCAUACUGUAACACCUUCUACUACAACCACCCGUCGUUCAAUUUUAUAUCAAAGUAGAACAUGCAAUAAUGUGUCAAACAAACGGCAUGCAAUUCAGUUGUUAGAAGAAUGGGUAAAGCACAAUACUUAUAAUGCUGUAGAAAGAUUAUAUCAUGAUAUUUACCAUAAGACGUUGCCACAUAGGAAACGAUUCCUGUUAACCAGUAACGGAACACAUUUUGGGCAUUAUUCUGGAUCUCAUUCUUUCCUAGAACCAUAUCACAGAUAUACGAGUCUUCAUGAUGAAGCUUUCUUGAAUGGAAUUCCAGACUGUAAUUAUGAAAGUCUGCAUAACAGGGUUGAAUGA